UAACAGGGCUGCAGCUGUCUGAGAGCAACAAUAACAAGCUCUACCCAACAACUUCACCGCGGCUCUAACGGUACCUGACAGCGCCAAACACCACCGAAUUUCUCACAAUGCGGCUGUCGAAAUAACUCAGGCCUCUGUUUCUUCGUCGUCCGAGUCGAAAAUCAGGUAUCGUCGCGGCCACCGCCUCGGAACAAACACGGAGACUCGGCCGCAGGGGGAACAGGGCAGUUCGGGGCUGCAUCUGGGUCAGUGGGCCUGUCGGCGGCAGGACCGGAGCUUUUUGUUCUCCCCGCAGUGUCCCGUCGCGCCUGUCAUCUGUUUAACUCCACACCGUGUUACCCGCAUAAACCGUGAGAACAUGCAGGCUAACGGGGCAGGACAGGACCGAGACUCAGAACUGUCCUGCCGAAAUGGUGCGCAGAACGGUGAGUCGUCCUCCACCGGAGCGGCUCACUCCAAUGGACUUCAGUCAGUCAGCAACAAUGGAAACACUGUGAGCAACAAUAACAACAACGGAGUGUCAGCGCAGCCCGCCGCCAACAACAGCAACAGCCCGGCGGACAGCAACACGGGCGGCAAGAAGAAGAAGCGUCUGUCUCAGUGCGAGGAGGAUGUCAUCCGGCUCAUAGGACAACAUCUACACGAUCUGGGUCUCAAUCAGACGGUGGACCUCCUGAUGCAGGAGUCUGGCUGCAGACUGGAGCACCCCUCUGCCACCAAGUUCCGCAAUCAUGUGAUGGAAGGAGAGUGGGACAAGGCUGAGAGUGAUCUGAAUGAGCUGAAGGCAUUGAUGCAUUCUCCAAGUGCUAUAGUGCGGAUGAAGUUCUUGCUGCUGCAGCAGAAGUAUCUGGAGUACCUGGAGGACGGGAAGGUCCUGGAGGCUCUGCAGGUCCUCCGAGCUGAGCUCACUCCUCUCAAGUACAACACAGAGCGGAUCCACAUUCUGAGCGGGUACCUGAUGUGCAGUCAUGCAGAGGACCUGCGAGCCAAAGCAGAGUGGGAAGGCAAAGGAACGGCAUCCAGAACAAAGCUGCUGGACAAGCUGCAGACAUACCUGCCUCCGUCAGUGAUGCUGCCUCCUCGCCGCCUGCAGACUCUGCUGAAGCAGGCGGUUGAGCUGCAGAGGGAGCGCUGCCUCUACCACAACACCAAGCUGGACAGUGGACUGGAUUCCGUGUCUCUCCUGCUGGACCAUGCCUGCAGCCGGAAACAGUUCCCCUGCUACACUCAGCAGAUUCUCACUGAACACUGCAAUGAAGUUUGGUUCUGCAAGUUCUCCAACAACGGCACAAAACUGGCAACUGGGUCCAAAGACACCACCGUCAUUGUGUGGCACGUGGACACGGAAACCCAGCAGCUGAAGUUGAUGAAGACUCUGGAGGGUCAUGCUUACGGUGUUUCGUACCUGGCAUGGAGCCCUGAUGACACCUAUCUGAUAGCCUGUGGUCCUGAUGACUGCUCUGAGCUAUGGCUGUGGAAUGUCCAGACGGGGGAGUUACGAACAAAGAUGAGUCAGUCUCAUGAGGAUAGUCUGACCAGCGUGGCCUGGAAUCCAGAUGGUAAACGCUUCGUCACCGGUGGCCAGAGAGGCCAGUUCUACCAAUGUGACCUGGAUGGAAACCUGCUGGACUCAUGGGAAGGAGUUCGGGUGCAGUGCCUGUGGUGUCUGAGUGACGGCCGGACCGUCCUUGCAUCUGACACCCACCAACGCAUUCGGGGGUACAACUUUGAGGACCUGACGGACAGAAACAUAGUGCAGGAAGACCACCCCAUCAUGUCUUUCACUGUUUCCAAAAACGGAAGGUUAGCUCUGCUCAAUGUUGCAACUCAGGGAGUGCACCUAUGGGACCUCCAGGACCGGGUGCUGGUGAGGAAGUACCAGGGGGUGACCCAGGGCUUCUACACCAUCCACUCCUGCUUUGGAGGGCACAAUGAAGACUUCAUCGCAAGUGGCAGUGAAGACCACAAAGUUUACAUCUGGCACCGGCGCAGUGAGCUGCCCAUCGCAGAGCUGACUGGUCACACCCGCACAGUCAACUGUGUAAGCUGGAACCCCGUCCUGCCGGGACUGCUGGCCAGCGCCUCUGACGACGGGACUGUCCGAAUCUGGGGACCUGCCCCCUUCCUGGAUGUUCAGGAUGCAGAAGGGCUCAACGAAUGCUGCAGCAUGGACAGCUGAUGGCGUGCUGUGGCGAUGACCCUGAGGAGCACUGAGACUCUUGUAGACACUUGAAUGGAUGACGCACGGACAGCUGGUGAUGAGACAGCAGCGUCCUGGAGACGGAGCCGGUGCUGCUGCUCAUCAGGAUGUCACAGCACAGAGAUGUUAGACUCAGUGACAUUAUUGAGAGCAGAGCCAACCACAUGAAGCUGGCCUCUACAUCUUCCUCCUCCCGACCCACUCCCUCAGCACCAUCCAGGACCAUCAAGGACCAUCCAGGACCACCCACCUCCUCUUAUUUAUUAUCAACCACAUUAUUUAUUCAGGAGUAGUUCACUAACUUGUGAUAGGCUGUGACGUAGCAGCGCUUUGUUUGGGGGGGGGUAGUUUUCCUCAGUUCCGAAUCUGAGCUGCUCAUAUGAAGAAGCUUCGACUUUAUUUCUCUUUCACCUACUGAUCCUUUUACCAGAUUUUAACUAGAGGAACAUUUGAUGGAUGGAUCCAAUCAACAGAGUAUCUUUAAAUGAAAAGUUUUACGUAAUCUUGUCUUGUUUUUAUGCAGAGUACAUUUAUGAAUUCUCUCUCCAGUUGCUGCUUCUAGCCAGAGAAAGAAUAGUAUUUGAGGAGCAUGUUGCAUAGGAUUGCACAGGAUGUUUGACACUGGCAGUGUGUCCUGAAAGAUGCUUUGUGAGAGUCUACAGCCGCUGAUGUGGUAAAACCUAUACAGUUCAGAGGAUUAUCUGUCACCCCGUACCCCCUCACAUGGAUUAUCUGUGUACUUUCCUUCAUGCCGUCAGUGUGGAUUUGCUCUUUCUUUUGCUGUGACUAGCUUCACUCUUUGCUCUUUCUUUCUGUUGCCAUCCCUCCCUGCAUACACACAGCAGUCUACAUGCGAUUUUCACUUGGUCUGUUUUCGUUGUUCCAACUUAUUACCGUGUUUGUUUUGUGUUUACUACGAGUGGAGAAGGAACAUCUGAAGAGACACUGAUUUCUUACUGUACCCAGUAGGGCCCCAAAAUCCUGGUUCAUCUGUGAACUGUGAAAAAAUAAGACUGGUGUUUUUCUCUGUUUCAGAUGGUCAUCAAAUUCCAUGAAAAGACCAGAGCCAAUAAUGUGUUAGUAUGUCUGUCAAAACUUUGUGACCUCUUUAUCCAGUCUGUGGCACUCAGCUCCAAACUCAUUGGUUACUACUGACCAUGGCAAUCUUAAAAGGGUCUGUAUGUGAUAUUCAGAGCAUUAAUACAGCAGCACACCACUGUUAGCUAUGUGAAGAUAGAGUGGAGUAAUGGCAUCCUGAACAGAGGAUGAAGUCACGCUCCCUCUGUGUGUGAUGUAAUGAGAGCUUCUCUAGCCGAUGUUGUGGUAAGCUGGUCCACCGUGCGUGCUUUCUAGUGCAUGUGUAUAUCUCACAGGGCUGUAACCAACUCAAAUUAUUUCAGUCAAAUCAGAUUUGGCCGAUAAAUAUUGAAUAUUCGAUUAUUCUGGUUUUGUCUGCAGUUUGCAACAACAUUUUUUGCUUUUUUGUACACUAGAUAUCAAACAGAAGCCAGAGACUGUAUUGUAUUGAGUUGCUGUGAGCUGUGAGGAGUGUUAUCUCGGAGCCUUACAGUGCAGAGUCUCUCUUUCUUUGUGCCGCUGCGUCGCACCUGCUACUGCCUCUACCAAAGAGUAGCGUAACAGUCAAGAGAGUUCACUCCACAGUAAAGUCUGGGGACCAAAAUGUCCCCAGACUUUGACAGCACACUGACUAGCCUCUGAGUGAUGAUUCCAAUCUCCGUCUCUCAGGGGGCAGUGCUAGUAUCUCACAGGUUUGCUCAUUGCCACCGCUUUGCAGGCAGGGCCCCGUUCGUUCCUAUGGUACCUGCUCAGUAGUGCAUCAAGCAGCGGUAUGAAAGUACCCAGAUCCUCCGUAUUACUGGGCCCAUGAGGCUUGUGCACAGUGUGCUAGAGCAGGUAACUUCCGCCGGCAGAGCGACUGACAUCCGGUUUAGCGCUCUGCUAGCUUGAAUGGCUGUCAAAAAAUAAAAAUCUUGCUGCUCUUUUAGACUUUCUAAAUGUUAUGAAACUGGAUGGCUUAAAGCUAGAUAGUGAAAUGAAUUGUUCCACGGGUGUUUUGACGUUCACAAAAACAUAUCCACUGAUUUACAGACGUCUCUUUCCUGAUGAAAGAAAAAAAGAAAAUGUCAAUGGGGAAAAGUCUUUCUGGGCCCAUGUGUAUCAUGUGACUGAUGCAGGCGUUGUAAUUCCACUUUUGGCCACUAUGUAAAAUUAUCUUCAAAGCCUGGCGCACUACCUGCGGACUUGUAGCCUAGUGUGCUAUGACCAUAGGCUACAAUGAAAUAUUGCACAUCACAAUAUACGGUAAUAUCAGUGAAAGUCAGGAUGUAGGCUAGAUAAUGACCUCACAGACCACAGCCAUCUACAAUGUUGUCUCUGUUUAAAGGUACAGUACUACAGCCUCCUCCACCAUCACCUUUGUUGUUGUGUGAAACUUUUGACUCCGUCCUCUUUAGCCAUCUAUUGGCUGUAUCUAUGGCAACAUAAAGGAAGCAUGGAUGUAUAAAGGCAGCAACGUUUACACUGUCUGAAACAGACAGGUCUAUUUUUCUACGUAAAGGGAGAAUGAAUGAGCCGUACCAGCAUUAGCUCUGUCAGCACUCUUGCUGUUGUGUAGCGCUGUUCAUGGAGUUAGCACCAUUAGCUGCUGGCUCAGCCACCACCAUGUUGAGAACCGUGUGCAGACAACUCAUACGCUCUGAAUUUUGCAUAAAGCCCCUUUAAAGAAAAACAGGCUCAGUCAUUUCCUUCAGCAGCUGCUCACUGUAGAUUUAACAACAGCCACCCAAAGAGGAGGACACAGUGCAUGUGCUGGGGACUAUUUUCAGUAGAGGAUUAAUCCACAUUUGGUGCUCUAGUAUUUGGGACAGCAGGAUGUCCCAUUGUAUGUGUGGGACUGGUCAAAAUCUAUUCAGUGUGUGUUCAUGGUAAUGAAGGAAUAGUUUGUGUAUAACAAUUGAGUGGUAUGAUAGAGAGGAAUAACAUCAAUCGAGAGUUAUUUUUUUGGUUGGUCUUCGUAUAAGAUUCGUUAAUGAUUUUAAACACAAGUAGAAAAUUGCCUGCUUUAUCCUUUACCCUUUGAAACCGGGGGAAAUUGGCUUGAUUUCUUUCAAAAACAUGGGAAGAAGGCAAUGAUCAACUUAAGAG